CGGUGCUGGUUCAGAGGCGGUCACCAGGCUUGGUUGUGAGGGCAAAUGGGGUUGGUCGGUGACUGAGGGAAGGGGGGGUUGUUGCUGGCUGGACGGAGUGGCGGUUGCCCGGGGCGAGCCGUCCUUCCCUUCCUGGUCCCUUGCCUCCCCGGUACGGCCCCCGGGGGGUGACCAUGGGGCCCUAGCAGCGCUGGGACCAUGUCGGAAGCGGCCCGGAGUCUCCUGCAGCGCUGGGGCGCCAGCUUCAGGAAAGGGACCGACUUCGACUCCUGGGGGCAGCUGGUGGAGGCGAUUGACGAGUAUCAGAUAUUAGCAAGGCAUUUACAGAAGGAGGCACAGUCUCAGCCCAACAACUCAGAAUUCACAGAAGAUCAAAAGAAAACCUUAGCUAAAAUUGCAACUUGUUUGGAACUCAGGAGUGCAGCUUUGCAGUCUACACAGUCCCAGGAAGAAUUUAAGCUAGAGGAUCUGAAGAAACUAGAACCUAUCUUAACGAAUAUUCUUACAUAUAAUAAAGAAUUCCCCUUUGAUGUUCAGCCUGUUCCACCAAGGAAGAUCUUGGCACCUGGUGAAGAAGAAGACUUAGAAUUUGAAGAAGAUGAGGAGGAAGGUGGAGCUGGAGCAGGUUCUCCAGACACAUUUCCUGCCAGAGUUCCAGGCAUGGCUCCAUCGUGUAACCAUGUGCUACAUCAUUCAUCUAACCCAGGAGCCAAUGAAGGUACUUUAUUACCUAGAUUGCCAUCUGAACCUGGGAUGACGUUGCUUACUAUCAAAAUAGAGAAAAUUGGUCUCAAAGACGCUGGGCAGUGCAUCGAUCCCUAUAUCACUGUUAGUGUGAAAGACCUGAAUGGGAUAGACCUGACCCCUGUCCAAGAUACCCCAGUUGCUUCAAGGAAGGAGGACACAUACGUUCAUUUUAAUGUGGACAUUGAGAUUCAGAAACAUAUUGAAAAAUUAACAAAAGGAGCAGCUAUUUUCUUUGAAUUUAAACACUAUAAGCCUAAAAAAAGGUUCACCAGCACCAAGUGCUUUGCUUUCAUGGAGAUGGAUGAAAUUAAGCCUGGACCAAUUGUUAUAGAACUGUACAAAAAACCCACUGACUUUAAGAGGAAGAAACUUCAGUUGUUGACCAAGAAGCCACUUUAUCUUCACCUUCAUCAAAUACUGCACAAAGAGUGACUUUUGUGAACUGAACCACUUGCCACAAAAUCAUAGUAGCUGCCUACAGUGUAGCACUCAUCCUUCAGGAGGUAGCACAAAUGGCUGCAUUGUAGCCAGCUGGUCAAAGGGACCAUCAUGCACUGCACAGCAGUGAAUCUACAGUCAAGCUCCGGCAGCCAAGUCCAUUCUUUGGAAUGUACAUUCUUUGGAAUGUAUAUUUUUUAUCACAGAUGUUCCAAAGUGUGUUGUGAAUGUUUCCUAAUUGGGCUGGUUGUGUCAGUUCAGUUGUAAUUUGGUUUCUGUACCCACAUCAGAACCCUAAACAAGUGUGGUUGGGAAGCCCUCAUCCACCAAACCUGAUACAGCAAUAAAGAUGUGCCAGUAUCAACAAACUGCUUUUUGUGGGCUGGUAGUUACAA